AUGAACAAUCACUCUGGACACAAUUCAACGAUUAUGACCUGGUCAUACGACGACGGCGGCUCCUUCCAGCAUUUGGACCCUGGUGAGCUGAGGGUCCUCGUGCCGGCUAUCCUAGGCCUAAUUUGCGUCCUAGGUUCGGCUUGCAACUUUACCGCCGUGGCUAUCUUGUUCUCCAGCGCACACAAGGGCAAACUAUCCCUCAUCAACUCCCUCAUCUUCAACCUGAUGUUCGCUGAUGGCCUGGUGCUUCUCUUCAGCAUUCCUUUACGGGCUGUCGCAUACUCCAAAGCCUGCUGGACUCUUGGCUGGCCGGUGUGCAAGACCUCUGACUGGUUCCUCCAUUCCUGCAUGGCUGCCAAGAGCUUUACGGUGGCCGUAAUGUCUCAAGCCUGCUACCGUUACGUGUCCAACCCCACCAAGCAGGUGAGCGUCCACCUGGGUUCCAUCCUGGUGGUGCUCUUCUUCAUCUGGCUGUCGGCUUGCUCUGCCACCGUCCCUCACUGGCUCUUCUCCACGCUGCGGCGAGGACUCCACGGUCUCGUGUGCAUGCUGGAGGUCCCCCCUAAAGCAUGGAAAUUCAUGUCUGUAUACACAAAGGUGUACCCGCUGGCUGUCUAUUGCGCCCCUUUGAGUUUCUCCCUCAUAUACUUCUGGAAGGCUUACGGUCAAUGCCAGCGCCGCUCCACUAAGUCUCAGAAUCUGCGCACACAAAUCAAAUCCAAGAAGCUUACCUUGAUGCUCUUCAAUCUCACGGUCGCCGCCGCCGUACUGUGGCUUCCACAGUGGACUGUGUGGGUUUGGCAGCGCCACUCAGCUGACAGAGAAUCUCAAGGUUCGGUCUCAUCUCCUCCUGCUCUGAUCGCCGUCUCGGCUCAGCUGCUCGCCUUGUCUUUGUCGCUCGUCAACCCCCUCAUCGUGCUCGCGCUCUCCGAGGAGUUCCGAGAGGGCUACCGCGGGCUGUGGAGGCGCCUCACCCUACGCAAGCAGCCUCCCCCCAAACCCGGACCUCACAACCCUACCUCGCUCCAGUCGCCUCGCCCCAGACCUGAGACAUCUGGCCACCGGAGGCAUGAGGAGGGCGCCGAGCCGGGAACCAGCAACGAUCUUCGGGUGAAGCAAGGCGAGGCGAUGGGAGGAGGGAACGUCGACAAAGAUGGGCUCGUUUUGCCGGAUGUGGAGCAAUUCUGGCACGAGAGGGAGUCCGGAUCGCACUUGGAUGAAAACGACCCAGUGCCGUGGGAGCAUCAGGACCACCAAGAGAGAAAUUAA